AAUGGUAGAAGAAAGCGUUCAACACAUCAAAGGAGAUUUGCGUACGUGCCAUGGAUUGCCAGAGGUGGAGUGUAAUGAAGUCAAAUCUAAAUUGGAACAAUUAAGAAAGGAGGCUGAGGGUGAUGCAAAACAUCUUGACUCAUUGCGUGAGGGGGCUAGUUUCUCCAGCGAUGAAGUUUUCAAUAAAGCAGAAAAUGAUGAAAUAUUUUUUACAAGGGAUAUGUUGGAGAAACUUUUCACUAAGAAAAAUCGGAGAAAGAAGCGCAAAGCAGACAAAGAUCACGAACAAAAAGCAGUAAUAAGACAAGCAAUUAAGGUCUGGGAAUCCAAAACAUGUAUUACAUUUCAAGAGGUUCCUUCAUCUUACCGUCAAGAUACUCAUCUUUACUUUACUAAAUAUUAUACAUGUGGAUCGUACGUGGGAAGAAUUUCCUCACUCGUUUACCAACAAAUCGAUUUAGCUCCUCAAUGUCUGCGAAAAGUUGGUAUUGCUAUUCAUGAGAUUGGUCAUGCUCUUGGUUAUUGGCAUGAACACCAACGUUCAGAUAGGAACGACUAUGUCAGGGUGCGACAGGAAAAUGCCUAUAUGUCCAGUAGUUAUCUAACUCAGUUGAAGACAAUGACCGAUACGGACAAUAUCAUCAAUUAUGAUUAUAGUUCAGUUCUACAUUAUAGCUCUAAGGCAUAUACCAGUAAUAAUGGACCUACAAUUGAAACUAAAGACUCAUUAUAUCAACAAACAAUUGGUCAACGAGCAGAGUUAUCGUUUCUUGACGCAAAGUUAGCAAACAAACUAUACUGUGAUAAGAAAUGCGUUGGAAGACAAUUAGCAAGAAACUGUUUUAACUCUGGCUAUCAAGAUCCAAAAAACUGCCAUAAAUGUAUUUGUCCUGAUGGAUUUGGAGGAGAUUUUUGCGAAAGCGUCAUUUACGGGUCGUGCGGACGAAAAGUCUCUUUAAACCUAAAAGUCAUGGAGACAAUAUUUUCACCAAACUAUGAUUCAGGUCAAUCAUAUACGGAUUUUAGCGAAUGCACUUGGCUUAUUCAAGCACCAAUUGGUUAUAGGUUAUUAGUUCAAUUCGUUGGCUCGUUUAGGGUUUAUAGCGAUGAUACAACAACCUGUUUACACUGGGUUGAAGUUAGAUAUAAAUCUAACUUGGCUGCAUUGGGCCCUAGAUUUUGUGGCUAUGAUACACCUUCCCUAACAUUAGAAUCGACAGGGAAUCAAAUAUUAAUUUUAUUUCGUAGUAAAUUCAACGCUGGACGUAAUUUUAGACGAACCGGUUUUAAAAUGGAAAUCUUCUCAGAACGCUUAAAUACAACCUCUCCAAACGCUCCUAUUGAACCGCCUAUACCUAAUACACCCAACUUGAAUGGAAAUUCAAAUGGCAUAAAUUGUAAUCUUAUGGAUGCUAUAAUUCUCUUGGAUUCGAGUAGUUCAGUUGGAUAUAAUAACUGGUAUAAGCUAUUGAAUUUCAUAGCUAGUUUUGCUUCAAGAUUACCUAUGGGAGCUGGUUCUCGUAUUGCGAUUAUAACAUUCGGUAACUCGGCUUCUAUUAAAUACAAGUUUAACAUGGAGCAAAAUAUCAACACCUUAUUAAGGACUAUAUCCGCUUUACCUUUCAAAGAUGAGAUGACAAACACUUCUGGAGCUUUAAGACAAGCCCGAGAAAUGUUUAAAUCGUUUUAUUCUAGAAAUAGUGUUAUACUAUUAUUUACAGACGGGGAAUCUAAUGUUGAUAAGUAUCUUCUAAGUCGAGAAGCCGAGCUACUCAGAAAAGAGAAUAUUAUGACAUCUGUUAUAGGCAUAGGACCAUUCGUUAAUGAAGAAGAAAUGAAAACUAUAGCUACGAAUGAUAAUAAUAUUGUUAAAGUUCCCGGCUUUGAUUAUCUAAGGUCAAAUACAGACCGUUUUUUCAAGGAAAUUUGCCAACUUGAUGAGACUUCUUCAUACUGUCGUCAUUCUGCUGAGAUAAUAUUCUUAAUAGACUCUUCUUCAACAGUAUCAAAAGAAGACUGGAUAAAGGUUAAAGAAUUUCUAAAGAGAUAUACAAAGGAUAAAAAGCAGCAAAAAUUUGCUGUAAUAGUCUACAGCAGGGUGGCAAGUGUUGAAAUUAACUUUCGAUCUCAACAUGAUUGGAAUUGGUUGAGUUCGGAAAUAGGCAAAUUAAAGAGGAACGACGGAAGUGUUACAGAUAUAUCUAAAGCUUUUGAACAAAUAACUUACAACAUUCUGCAGAGUCGCUCUAAGGCUACAAGAGUCGUUGUCGUUUUAACGGAUGGAGGUCAUAGUUCAAAUGAUAAUAUUGCGAGCUCUUUAGCACAGGAUAUAAGAAGUUCGGAUGCUAAGAUCAUCGUAAUUGGACUCUCUGGAUGGGUAAAUUCCAGACAGAUGUCUUCCAUUUAUAGUCCUGGUGAAAAGGAUUACUUUCUAAAAUUCAGCGGUUACAAAUAUCUAGAUAUCAAAUAUUCUAGCAUAGAAAAAUUGAUCUGUCAUGCUAUAAAUUCAAGUUUACCAGCUAAUCCCCCUAAAACAACUCCCUCACCUGAAAAUUUACCAAGAAACGGUAAUUCAGCAAAAGUUUCCUGCUUAAAGGCCGAUGUUACUUUCUUAUUAGACUCUUCAGGCAGUGUAGGACAAAUUAAUUGGUAUGCCGCGACAAAUUUUACCUGGUUUGUUAUAGACUCUCUACCAUAUCCUGUCGUCAAUUACGGUGUAGUUUCCUUUGGAAACCAAGCAUCUGCAUACAACUUUCUAAAAAACGUACCAAAAAAUCCUACUGACAUAAAAACUACCUUGAAAAAUUUAAGAUGGAAAAAUCAAUAUACGAACACGUCUGGAGCAUUGUAUAAAAUGAGAACUGAGCUUUUUCAACAUUCGGAUAGAAAGGAUGUAGCAAAUAUAGGCGUUUUAAUAACUGAUGGCCCUAGCAAUAAGGAUAUAGAACUAACUGUACCAGAGGCUCGUAGGUGCCAGAAUGAUAAUAUCGAUUUAAUUACAAUUGGUAUUGGUCCCGGAGUAAAUAAAUCUGAAAUAGAUUCUAUAACUUACCCAGAUAACACUUACGCUUUUCACCUUGAUUCUUAUAAGCAUUUAGAUAAUAUUAUUGAAUCAAUAGCCGAAAAGAUAUGUGAAUCAGCAAAGAGAAGAAAGAAUAGAAUAAAACCUGCAACAACCACCGUAGCCCCAACAAAGCCAUCUGGUUCUAGUUCUAAGUGGUCUGCCUGGUCUAAUUGCUCAAAGGAGUGCGGUGGCUGUGGAAUAAAAAUGCGUUAUCGGCAAUGCAUAUCACAGGAUGGAAAAUAUUACAACUGUGGGGAUUCUCAAGUCGAAGGAUGUGGAAAGAGAAGAUGUACUGAUAAGGACAAGUGCCCCUAUUACGCUGGACAAGAUGCUCUGAAUGCUGUCCCGGUUAUCGUCCAAAAGGAAGCAUUUGUAUUAAAUAAUUUAUACAAGACAUUUAAACGUUUAAAAAAAGCUUUUAAGAUAGCCUCUUGA